UGUGUGUGUGUUGUGGAGCUUUAAUUGGGUGUCGAUCUGCUGCUGCUGCUGCUUCAUUCUGCUUCAAUCCAGAUGUUUCUCCUCCCAAUCUGCUUUCACUCAUUCACCCUAAACCUUACUAAACGACAUCUGUCUGGGUCUGAAUAGCGUUCACGAACAUCGUCUGUGAGACCAAACAGCGGGAAACGCGAUGAAAACGGUGUUUAAUCGAAGCGCCGCGUCAUUUUCUCUCGAAGCAGGUGUUGCUAAGCGGCUAGCGUUAGCAUCGUGAGGACGAAUGGAGCGAUUGUUUACUAUUUCGCCUUCAAAAUCACAUCGUUCUGGAUGCUUUUUCAUGUUUUUAGUCGUUAAACGCGCUUUAGUUGUGUUUAACAUGCAUAUCCAAGUAAUUUCAGUAGCUGGGUGCUGCAUUAUCUUUAACCUCUGACGCUCGUUUGUAAUGAAAGCGAACGGAUUUUCUCCUCACCGAAGUGUUUGUGUAUUUGUUUUCUUCUGAUAAAUGCUGCUGGAGGAUUUAAAGUGUGCUUCUGUGUAAUAUAAUGUCGCACAUGUAGAUUAUCUGUCUGUCUUCUAUUGUUAUAAAGCUGCUAAGCUAUUGGCCCUCAGCCCUCUGGGGCCGCGUCUCAAAACCCAGUGUGCUCCCUACAUAGUGCUCCCUACAUGGUGCUCCAGAGGCAUCCUUGGACAAAAACAAGUGGGCUGGCUAUCUUAAACCUCAUUUUUGAGCAGCUGUCUCUGUCUAGAUCUGGUUAUUUGCACAUUCAUUGACUUAUUCGUGUCUAUGUCACUGGUUGAAUCAAAACAUCUUUUGAUAUUAUGAUUUGUAGUUUAUCUAGUUGUUUGGCUUUAUGCUUCUUACAUUGGAUAAAUGAGGAAAUGCAGGGAAGCUCACGGGAUUAAAGUCUGUGUUUGAGGAAAACAUUCCAGGAUUUUUCUCCAUAUAAUGGACUUCAAUGGGAACCAGCGGGUUGAAGGCGCCAUGCAGACCCCAGAGGCAGGCGCGGACUCCACGUCCAGCGUGCCGCUCCAGACCAGCGUGCCUGCGGUCAGUGCCCAGCAGGGGGCGUCUCAGGUGCCCGUCCAGCAACAGGCGCAGACUGUUCAACAGGUCCAGCAUGUGUAUCAAACACAGGUGCAGUACGUUCAGGAGGAAAACAACGCCGUUUACACCAACGGGACCAUACGGACGUAUUCAUACUCAGAACCGCAGCUGUACAACCAGAACAGCAGUGGGAACUACUUCGACACGCAGGGCAGCUCGGCUCAGGUGAGCUCUCACAGUUUGACCAACAACGGGAACGGUGCUCUGGCCAUGGGGCUGUCAGGAGGACAGAUCAUCAGCAGCUCAGGAGCCUAUCUGAUUGGAGGAAACUCCAUGGAUGGCUCCGCCCCUCACAGCACGGCUCAGACCACUAGAGCCUCCCCCGCCACGAUUGAAAUGGCGAUUGAGACGCUCCAAAAGUCUGAAGGUUUGUCCAGUCAGAGAAGUUCGCUGCUCAACAGCCAUCUGCAAUGGCUCCUGGAUAAUUACGAGACAGCGGAGGGCGUGAGUCUGCCACGCUCCACUCUCUACAAUCACUACCUGCGCCACUGUCAGGAGCAGAAGCUGGAUCCGGUCAACGCUGCGUCUUUCGGGAAGCUCAUCCGCUCCAUCUUCAUGGGGCUGCGCACACGCCGCUUGGGCACCCGAGGGAACUCUAAAUAUCACUAUUACGGGAUUCGUGUGAAGCCGGACUCUCCUCUGAACCGGUUGCAGGAGGACAUGCAGUACAUGGCAUUGAGACAGCAGCCCGUCCAGCAGAAGCAGAGAUUCAAGCCAGUACAGAAGUUGGAUGGCGUUUCUGGGGAGAACUUCUCCACCGGGGGGCAGCACACACCUAACGCUGCGGAGCAGACGUUCAUCGCUCAAAGCCAGCACCAUCAGCAGUUCCUGGACGGGUCCAGAGCUCUGCCAGAGUUCGUCGAACUUGACCUCGGAGAGCCUGUGGAAGGCGUCGGACCCGAAGACGUCAAAGCCCUUCAGACGCUGUACAGAGAGCACUGCGAGGCCAUUUUGGACGUAGUGGUGAACCUUCAGUUCAAUCUCAUCGAGAACCUGUGGCAGACUUUCUGGCGCUAUUCUCCCUCCAGCUCCAUGGAGGGCGUCACCAUCACUGAAAACAGUGGUUUGAGCGAGAUCGAGGGCCGCCUGCCGCGGAGCACACUGAUUCUUCUCUGCAGAAACGAGGCAGUGCUCAAGUGGAUGAACACCUGUGAUCACCUGAUGUACCAGGCCCUCGUGGAGAUCCUCAUCCCUGAUGUUCUGAGACCCAUUCCUAGUGCCUUGACUCAAGCCAUCCGUAAUUUUGCCAAAAGCCUUGAGGGCUGGCUCACCAACGCCAUGAGCAGCAUCCCUCAGAGGAUGAUCCAGACCAAGGUUUCCGCUGUUAGUGCCUUCGCUCAGACGCUCCGCAGAUACACGUCUCUGAAUCAUCUGGCGCAGGCGGCCCGUGCAGUGCUGCAGAACACCUCCCAGAUCAACCAGAUGCUCAGCGAUCUCAACCGGGUCGACUUUGCCAAUGUUCAGGAGCAGGCCUCGUGGGUGUGCCAGUGUGAAGAGGGCGUAGUUCAACGCCUCGAGCAGGACUUCAAGGCCACCCUCCAGCAGCAGAGCUCUUUGGAACAGUGGGCAGCUUGGCUGGACAACGUGGUCACUCAAAUACUCAAGCCGUACGAGGAUAAACCAUCCCUCCCCAAAGCUGCACGCCAGUUCCUGCUCAAGUGGUCCUUCUACAGCUCUAUGGUCAUCAGAGACCUGACCCUCCGCAGCGCGGCGAGUUUCGGCUCGUUCCACUUGAUCCGGCUGCUGUACGACGAGUACAUGUUCUAUCUGGUGGAGCACCGCGUCGCACAGGCCACAGGAGAAACGCCCAUCGGCGUUAUGGGAGAGUUUCAGGACCUGAAUACCAUGUCACCUGCCAACAUCGACAAAGACGAGGUGAGCGAGAUGGACAGUGAUCUGGACGAGGAGAUGGAGGAGUCUGACGAGCCUCUGGCCAAGCGGGAGAAAGCGGAGACGGAGGUCAUCCAGGUGUUGCAGGUGGGAGCCGUGGAGGACGGCAGCGGCGCGGUGGUGAGCGUGGUUCAGUCCAGCAUGCUCAGCACUUUACCCUCGACCGAGCACAUCCUCAGCUCGAGCGGAACCAGCACCAUCCGCCACUGCGGCAGUGUGGGAAACACAUACGCCUCGGUCUGAAAGCACGUCCGUUUCGCUCUUAUCCCCCAUGAGCGCUUUCUAUCUCUUUCAGUACCAUGUCUCCAAGACAUCUAUUCUUAAAAGCGAAAAUGGAUCUCCACGACAGCUCCAGCGAGCUAUUAAAUCAACUUUAUGAUGUGAUGGGAUGCUGAUUGUAAAGUUUAAAGCCCUGAUGUUAGUAGAAAGCAUUAUUGGAUGACCCAGAACUCAAAUCCAAGCCACUAGCUCCACCAGGGACACCAUUCGCCUAGUUGAUAUUUAUCACUUCUCUAUUACUGUACUGGUUAUUGUUUACGGUUUGGUUUAGAACAUUGUAAUUGGCCAAAUGUUGCGUGCUGUUUGGUUAGGGAGUGGAAAGUCUCGCUGUGUGUAAUCGAAGCGGGCUAGACGAGUGUUUCCAAAUGCCUUCUGUUAGUAGAUUUAGUCGUGUGGUAGCUCGAGUUUUUCGUUGUACAUAUAUGCUGCAUGUGCGAACUGUAUUGUGGGUCUUUUUCUUUUUACUAAUUGGACCAAAAACACAAGUGUGAGAGACAACAGGGCCAUUUCGAAGCUUUGCUGCUUCGGUGCGAUGUUGCAGAACAGAGCGAAUGUCAGGGAUUUUAUGUACCUCGGGUUCAUCUUAGUGCCUUAACCCAAACAACAGCUUUUCAUUUCGUCUGAACCGGUGAAGCGACACCGAAGAGGCCACUUGUGUUUGUACUGUAACCCACACCGCCAGAGAAUAUUCAUAGUAGACAUCUGCCACCCAGUUCAUCACGGUGGACACGUGGCUGGAUUUGUGAUCUGACACUGAGCACCUACAUGAAAAUUCAGGGUCAUGGUUUGCUAAAACGUGUCUGUUGCUCACUUACUGCUCCCUAUCUAACGUCAAGGCCCGUUCGCUCCUUCGCCUCUGGAAUCAGGUGAAGUUGUGUGAGCGAAAGCGUGGAUUUGGCCGAGUUGUUUUGUCGUGGUGUGUUUUGCGUCACCCUACCUCACGCCGGCGUUGCCGGUCUUACUCACAAGUCCUGAUGGGAUUGUGUCUCUUCUUUGCUGACCCACAUGUUCUUGUUUUAAGUUCACAUCAGCUGCCCUCCAACAUCGCGAUUGGUGGACCAAAAGUUGAUAAAGAGUUUAAACAUUGGGUCCUGUUCACAAACAAGCAGAUUUUACAUUUACGUAAAUUGUACUACUGAUUUUACCAACCAUUCAUUUCAUGCAGGAGACCUUUGAUUUUAUAAUUUUUCUUAAUCUUCUGCAUGAAAAGAUGAUGGAGUUUAGAGAGUUUGUUUAAUUACUGUGAAAUGACAAAUGUUAAAUCCUCUUCUGGAGAUCACAGCAUAUAUGUUCAUGUAAAGUUGAGGAUGAACUCUGCUGUUUGGUUUCAGAUUGGUGCGACUAACUAAUGGAUAAUUUUUGUACUUGACCUGUCAAUUGCUGUACUAUUGUGGAAAACACUGGAAAAUUGUAGUUUGAAAACUAAAAAGCAUUAUUUUCUUCACUACUGACGUUAUUUUAAAUGAAUGACUGUGUGCGCCGAAGCGGUUUCAUGCAUCUUUUUAAUCGAUAUGUAUUAUCUUAAUUUUAAUUCAUGUUUAAACCAUCCUGAUCGUUACCGCUCACUUGAAGAGAUCCCGUCUGACGUGUCCAAUUUUCUGAUAAUCGUGAUGUUGAUUUAUAUUUAUGUGUGCAAUCUGUGAAAGUCACCUUUUUAAGCGUAACACCCAGUUAUUAAAGAUUUUCUACAGCUGGAGAAUUAUUUCUGAGAUUACAUAAUUUACUCAUUAUGGUUUUUGUACUUGCGAGUUGGAAGAUUUUUCGUUUUCGUUUCCUACAGAAGAGCUUUGGUUUGGUUUGUUUUCCUUCUGUCCUCGUGCCUGGACUACAGACAGCUCUUCACUAUUGGAUAGAUGUGUUGAUCGUGUGCGAUGACUCGACUCAAAGUGCUUUUGGUCUUGCAUGCCUUUUCUCGUGCUGCUAGAAUAUCAUGAGUUCGCUUUCGGACAGCGUGCCAGAAAGUAUAGAACAGUUCAUUGCGUUAAUUUCAAACCACAUGCCUGUUUCGACUCUAACUUUGCCAAAACGGAGGGGUUCACAUACUUUUGAUUCGGAAAGUCUACUCUGUUGCAUUGUUUUGUUUUGUUCUUUUCUGACCAAGACACUAAUAUUUAAAUGGAAAUCCUCAAUGGACGUUUGCAACCUUUCUCUGGAUAUCAAUGCAAAGACGCUUCUGAUAUCAACAUAUCAAGCGCUGAGGAGCGUGAAGACAAGACUAGAGACUUCAGUGCCUUUGACUUCUCCAAGACCUCCAGAACCAGUACAAGCCAACGCAUGGCUGGACGUCUCCCAAAAACACCACUCACCUUUGACACAUAUGCAGUUUAAAGGCACCCAAACUGAUUCAACUUCUGAUGAAACGAUGACAUGAACAGAACUCUAUUGGGAUUCCACCAAUACGAGCACUGCACUAUAAGUGUCAUCAUGAGGGGUUUUGCUUUUGGUUUACUUCUAUUGUACGUAGAGUGACAUGCUUGGUUUCUAUGUCGUCUUAUUUUAGGAGUUUUUCAGAAUAUAUUUAAGUGCCAUUUGACUGUUUACGUAGUGAGUCGUGGCCUGCUGUAGCGCGUUCAAAUGCAAGCACAAGCAUCGUGGUACUCAGAACUGAAAUCCUAGAUGUAAAUAUUCAGAUAAAAAUGGAAGGAUAUUUAUUUACAGUCCCUUACAUCAAGCAGUUUAAUAACAGAUGUGCUUUGAAAGUGUAAAUUGUGAUAUUUCCCCCCAUCUCUCACGCUCUCUUUAUCGUUUUGGAUGAUGUAACUUACAUAUACAGUACAUUUUUUCUUUUUUGUGUGUUGUUUCAAUUUACCUCUUAGUAAAUUAUAUCUUCUUGAAAAUUGGUAAAAGCUGACUAAUAAGUGUAGAGUGAUUUGUAUUGUGUAUUUUACAUGAAGGAUAACAAAACCCGGGGAACUUUUAUAUUUAUAAAAUGAUAUAUUAACAUUUAGUGUGUCGAUAUGAGGAAAAUAUAGGAAUUAUCCAAGACACAUGUAGUUUGUUUUUUCUGAAUAUUUCAGACUUGAGCUCAGGCUAGCUUAUUAGUGUCGUUUUCUUAAAUUCGUGGCUUGUCUUUCAAUUAAUAAAUCUUUUCUUGUUGAAACGAGA